AUGACGGCCCUUCCUGAGAGUGAGGUCGAUGUUCUCAUCAUCGGCGCCGGCCCGGCUGGGUUGAUGCUUGCACUGUGGCUCGCCAGACUGGGCGUCAAGACGCGCAUCGUCGACAAGAGGACCUCCAAAGUCUACUCUGGGCAGGCGGACGGCUUCCAAGUAAGAUCUCUCGAGAUCCUAGACAGCUUCGGUAUCACUGAGCGCGUAUGGAAAGAAGCGAACCACAUGCUUGAGGUCUCCUUCUGGAACCCCGACGAGGGCGGCACAAUCAGGCGCAGCGCCCGCGCGGCAAACACCAUCCCCGGCCUCUCCCGCUUCACCGAGUCCGUGCUGCACCAGGGCCGCAUCGAGCAGUUCUUCCUCGACGCCAUCCGCGCCUCGUACGCCUCCGACUCGGACGCCCUGCACGUGGAGCGCAUGGUGAUCCCGACGUCUCUCGAGAUCGACGAGGCCAAGGCCGAGGACCCGGACGCGCACCCCGUGACCGUGACGCUGCGCCACCUGACGGAGGAGGAGGCGACGCCGACGCAGAUGCUAAGCAACCUCAGCGACGGCAUUUUCAGAAGCAACCUCGCCGACGACGACGUCGGGGAUAUAUUGGAAAGGUCCGAGGGGCGCGAGGCGAGAGACGAGGUCGCCAGGGCCAAAUAUGUCGUCGGGUGCGACGGGGCGCAUUCGUGGACGAGGAAGACGCUCGGCAAGGACUUUGAGAUGAAGGGUGAGACGACUGACGCCAUCUGGGGAGUCAUGGACAUCGUACCCAUCACAGACUUUCCUAACGACCCCCGGGCAGCCGACAUCAGAUCCCGGACCGUAAUCCAUAGCACCUCGGGCGCGCUCAUGAUCAUCCCUCGCGAGAACAGGUUGGUCCGCCUCUACAUCCAACUGAAGGAGGUCUCGGCCGGCGGCGGCCGCGUCGACAGGUCCCAGAUCACCCCGGACUUCAUCUUCAAGUCCGCACAGAAGAUCUUUGGCCCGUAUAAGCUGGAGUACCACUACUGCGACUGGUGGACAGCAUACCAAAUCGGUCAGCGCACAGGCGACCACUUCAGCAAACUCGACCGUGUCUUCCUUGCGGGAGACGCCGUGCACACGCACUCCCCAAAGGCCGGCCAGGGCAUGAACGUCUCCAUGCAGGACAGCUACAACCUCGGCUGGAAGAUCGGCCUCGCGUGUAAGGGCGUCUUGCCCCGCCACGUGCUCUCGACGUACGAGCUCGAGCGCAAGAAGAUCGCCAAGGACCUCAUCGCGUUCGACGGCAAGUUCUCGAAACUGUUCACGGGCCGCCCAGCCAAGGACAUCCAGAGCGAGACGGGCGUGUCGGAUGACGAGUUCCAAAAGGCGUUCCACACGAGCAGAAUGUUCACGACCGGUGUUGGCGUCAACUACCAGCCGACCGUGCUCGUCGCCAGAGAACCCGAGGAAACCGACGACGACGACGACGACGACUACGGCCUGGAGAAGAGCGCCGCCAAGAGCACGCCCUCCCUCGCCACGAACUGCGAGGUCGGCCGGCGCUUCCCGUCGUUCAAGGUCGUCCGGCAAGCCGACGGCCGCCUCUGGGAGCUGCACCAAAAGCUCCCCUCGGACGGGCGCUUCCGCCUCGUGGUGUUUGGCGGCGACAUCUCGCAAGGGUCCCAGCGCGACAGCGUCAACGCCCUGGGCGCAUGGCUGUCGUCGUACCUGCCCGGGCUGCCGACAAUCACGCUCUCGCCCGGCUCGGACCCGCACGGCGGUUCGGUCAAGUUCAAGACGGAAAGGGACCCGUCCGUCGUGGACGUCCUGCUGGUGCACUCGGCGCCGCGGGACGAGGUGGAGGUGUUGCGGGAUGUGCACGAGGCGUAUCACCCGUUUGACAGCAAGCUCGGCUGGGAUUACGACAAAGUCUUCGUGGACGGCGAGACGUAUUACGAGGAGCCCCAGAUGGCGUAUGAGAAGUACGGCGUGGAUCGUGCCAGGGGCGCUGUCGUCGGAUUGCGGCCGGAUGGGUAUGUUGGUCUUGUCACUUCGCUGGACCAUGGCGGACAGGACGAGGUUCAGAAGUGGUUUGACGGCAUCUUUCAAAGAACAUGA